AAUCUCGUCUACGUGAAUUGGAGACUGUGACAUUUCUGGUGUUCAGUCUGUUCUUUCAAGGUAUCGUCAACUCGGGCCUGAUACCCUAGAGUUGAGGGCCACCUGUUAGGUUGAAGUAACCGUAAUAAGAUCGUGGAGCGGCUGAAGGACAGCAGCCAAAUAUGUCUGCACUAGACUGACAUUUGCUCCGAUAGUACUACAAACGUGGUCUAGUCUGUGACCCCAUUGUACUGUUGAUAGAAAGUGAUAUUUGCUUCCGGCGCGUAGGUUUGACAGCAUGGUGGAUACAAUAUAACCCGGCCCUCUCUAGCAAGCUUCGGCCUCAACCUUUCGCCUCGCCCUUUCCGCUGCGCAUAUCGCCCCUCACUGCAUUGGUACCAAUAUCGUUUCUCUCCAUAGUCUUCGCGAUGGCAAGAAGUCGCCGGACAAGAAGAUCAAGUUCGGCCCCACACUGUCUCGUCGGAGUUUCCACCGCUGGCGACUCUCACACCACUGGCCAUAAUUCCCUCAAUUCGGUAACUGCUGCUCACUUUGCGGCCGACCAUAUUUCCGCUCCCACUCAGCAUCCCCAAGUCGGACCACCAACUUCGCCUACAGGAUCUGGACCUACACCACCUAUUCCUAGCAGCAACAGAUCGGGUUCGGAUGAUUCAGACAGCGGCGUCGUUAAUAACCUGCUAUCUGCGAUCUCAGCAGCGAUGUUUCAGAAUAACAUAGACCCGGCAGAGGCCGAUCCUUGGACCAAAGUUGCCAAGAUCUUGAGAGAGUAUGAUGAGGAGAAAAUCAAAGAUUGCAAGGAAGAUAUCGAUACUCUGCUUGUCUUUGCUGGUUUGUUCUCUGCGGUGAUGACAGCAUUUGUUAUUGAAUCCUAUAAGACCUUGCAGCAAGAUCCAGCAGAUGCUGCUGUGCUGCUUCUUCUACAGAUUUCUCAGCAGCUCAGAAUGCUCGCAGUUCCCUCUGUUUCAAAUAUAACUUCAGUACCACCUGGUCCACUUGGUGACUUUCAUGCAACACCCUCCAAUGUCAGAAUCAACACUCUCUGGUUUGCCAGUCUUAUCUGCAGUCUUAUGACAGCAUCUUUGGGAAUCCUAAUCAAACAAUGGCUUCAUGAAUAUACAGCUCACAAUAAUCGCUCAACCAGGACAUAUCUACGCAUCAGACACUUCAGAUUUCAGGGGCUUAUAGAUUUUCAUGUCUUUGAAAUUGCAGCCUUCUUGCCUAUGUUGCUGCAGAUUGCAUUGGGUCUGUUCUUUGCAGGAUUGGGGGUGUUUCUACACCUCUUCAAUGAUUUAGUAGCCUGGGUUGCUAUUGGCCUCAUUCUUGCAUGGUUCUCUUCUUUGACUAUCAUGUCAGUUAUUCUACCAGCAAUUCUUUCAAGGUGCCCAUACAAGUUGCCAGUUUUGAAGGGUGUCAUGCAUGUCAUUAGGCCAAAACUGAAAUUGCUGUGGGCCUUCAUGCUCUCAUCCUAUCUGAUGGCAUGGCAAACCUUACAUUUGUCUUCUAGAUCUUCUAGUUUUUUUGCUGCUAUACCUAUUGGACUUUUUCAGUC